AUUACACUCUCUUCCACCCCCACACCCCCACACGAUGCUCGUCAAGUCGCUCCUCGCCCUCACCGCUGUGUCUGUCGCCGCCGCGCAGAACUCGUCCUCGCCCCUCCUCCAGGCGAUUGGCGCCAUCCCCGCCUCGUGCAACACGCCGUGCACGACCUACAAGGGCAUCUUUGAGAACUGCCCCACUAACAACCAGGCGCCAGAGUGUGCCCAGGCUUGCAACGGCACCGUCCUCCUCGAGCUCCAGAGCUGCAUCAACUGCACGCUCAUCGACGGCCCGCCCCUCGGCGUGACGACCACCACCAUCGACCUGCUCAACCUCGCGCAGCAGUACCUCGCCCAGCAGUGCAUUGACGGCGGCUUCCCCGCGACCUUCACUGGCCAGGUCGUCGCGCCCACCGCUGUCCCCCUCCCUCCUGGCGUCUCGUCCACGCCCCUGCCUAGCUCGAGCGCCGCACCCACGACGGCCGCCUCGGGCAGCGCCUCGGGAGCGUCGGGCGCGUCGGGCGCCGCGGCGAGCCCCAGCGCCAGCAACAAGCCCAGCUCGGCGGGCGCGCUCGCCGCCCCCGGCGCAGUCCUCUCCGCCGCCGUCCUCGCCGGCGUUCUUGCCGUGCUCUAAGUGCCGCAGUUAUGACAUUCGCACCGCUAUUCACGCGCGCCUUACGCCUAGUAUCAUGCACUCGAUCGACUUCUG